AUGAGUGAUCGACGGGACUUCGAGAUCGAACCCGCCGUCGGAAGCCAAGGCCCGCAACUGUUCUGUCUGUCGGGCCAUGUAAGCGCGCGCGGCACGCGCGCGCAUGAUCUGGUCGACGAUUCAACUCCGGGAACACUGGUUUGGUACAACCGCGCAACUGGGCAACUGCGUACCUGGAUUUUUUUGUGGCAGGGAUGGCACCCCACCUUAGUGCAGCUGAUGGGCGAAGUUGAAGACGAUGUUUUGAGGCUGAUCAUGCGGAAGCUUACCGGCGAGAUGAUCUCCACGGUUGCAAUGCCAUUCAGUACAAGCUGGCAGGAGGCCCGAAAUCUAAUGGUGCCAGGCCUCCGACAGUUACUUUCCAAAAAGCUGGUUUUCGUUUCGCCCCUGGGACAAGUCUUAACGCCACUGCAGAACCAGCAGCCGCUUAGUGAGCUUCUCGGGUGUGUGAACCAUUGA